CAUUUUGUUUAUUAUUAAAUUUAAUCAGCAUGUUCAAGCUACAAGUGGUUGCCUUCUUAUUGAGUGUCAGUGAAGUUAUUAGUCAAUGUCCACCUUCCUCAGGUAUCUACCUGAGGUUACAAAAUGGUAACUGUUAUCCUAAUCGAUCAUUUAUUGCAGAUACUAUUAUCAGAUCAACUCCUCUAGAGUGUGUAUUACCUGAUGCUACUCUAAAUGAUGGACAAUGGAUUGGUCCUAAUGGAGCAGUUCCUUGUGACGGUGGUAGCAAUUCAAAUGCUCAAUGUACCACUGGCACUGGGCCCAGUGCUAACCUCAGUGUUUUCAUAAAUCCACCAAACUAUCUUGGGGCACCUGGUGAUGGCUGGUACAAGUGUUGUCUACCUACUAACUGUUCAGAUCCUAACACUAACAUCAUCUUUGCUAAUAUAUUCAGGUUUGCACAGAUAGAUUCAUUUGCUGUUGCUGAUCUUCCUUUUGAUAUGACAGUAUAUCCUCAGGAAUACAAACUGGAUUGUACUAAAAUUGGAUUCGAAUUCUCCUACGAUAUCAGGAUAGGUAUUGAUAAUACUGCGUUGGCUAGUUACACCGGAUGUAUUGAUGAUAGUGAUACUUGUCCCGGUACUGUGAUAGAUAGUAGUAUCUAUAAAAUAAGAUACACUGUUAGUAUUACAUGGGAUGGAAUGACUGUCAGUAGUGGAUCAGUCAGUCAGUCAACCACUGGAGAUCAAAUGUAUCAGUGUGUAGUGGCAGUUACUAAUCAACCAACUAGAAUACGUAAUAUGACUAUAAAAGCACCAGCAAUUGCUCCCUCUUCUCUUACUGAACAACUACAGAAGGCUGGUACAAGUGUUGUCUACCCACUGAUUGCUCUAAUUCUAACACUAACAUUAUCUUUGCUAAUAUAUUCAGAUAUGCAGAGAUAG